AGUAUCUGUGGCUUCUGUGGUUUGUUAGCAUUUUUCAUGCUAAGUUAAAACUUUUUUUUAUUUAUAUUUAACAUUACUUAUUAUUGCUUUUGUUUAAUAUUUUAAUUUAGUAAUUAAUUCAUGAUUUAAGUUAUAAUAAAAAUGGAUGACGAUGCGGAAACAUACAAACUGUGGCGAAUUAGAAAAACUGUUAUGCAGCUUUGUCAUGAUCGGGGAUAUUUAGUAACCCAGGAUGAGUUGGACCAAACAUUGGAGCAGUUUAAAGAACAAUUUGGUGACAAACCAAGUGAGAAGCGGCCGGCUCGUAGUGACUUGAUUGUCUUAGUAGCUCACAAUGAUGACCCUACAGACCAAAUGUUUGUGUUCUUCCCAGAUGAACCUAAAAUUGGAAUUAAAACUAUUAAAACAUAUUGUACUAGAAUGCAAGAGGAAAAUAUUCAUAGAGCUAUUGUGGUGGUUCAAGCAGGUAUGACACCAUCAGCAAAACAGUCAUUAGUGGAUAUGGCGCCAAAGUAUAUUUUAGAACAGUUCCUUGAGUCUGAAUUACUGAUCAAUAUAACAGAACAUGAACUGGUUCCAGAGCACAUAGUUCUAACUCCAGAUGAAAAACAAGAGCUGCUUGCUAGAUACAAAUUAAAGGAGAACAUGUUGAUGAGAAUACAGGCUGGUGAUCCCGUCGCUAGGUAUUUUGGACUCAAGAGAGGACAGGUCGUGAAAAUUAUCAGAUCAUCGGAAACAGCCGGAAGAUAUAUUUCAUAUAGAUUAGUUUGUUAAGUCUAGGUUUAUAAUUGAUAAAAGUCCAAUAAAAUUCCAUUUCUAUA